AUGGAUACAGAAGAAACGAAACAAGAUGCUUGUUCCAACUACUUGAACGAAAUUGACCUUGAUCCAACGGUGGACGAGUACACGGCAGCCAAUGUAAGUCUUCACUGCAUCGCCGACAAAAAGAUGACGGUGAAAUUCAAUCCAGGAAUGUACAUAAUCGAACAAAGUGUAUCUGAAUCCACAUGGAGACCUGUGAAAGUGAUCACGGGCAGCGUGGCAACGUUCACAAAUUUGACAGCGGGUACCGAUUAUCGAUUCCGUUUCUAUGAAAUAACGGAAGAUGGGAUUUUACGACCGGAAAUGACGGAUUGGUUUUCAACGUACGAAGCCGAUUAUAUACCGCUACAGGUGAAAAAUAUAUCUGUGUUGGCACUGGAGGUUGACGAGAAUAAUGGGCGCAGUCUGCUCGCAGAAGUUGCCUUCGAACCGGCUAAAGAUCGCAAUUGCAACUAUGAGGUACUACUGUGGGAUGGAGAACUUUAUUAUAUGCACUAUCGUUUGGACAAGGAAACGGAUUUCCAAUUCAAAACGGUUUGUUUGGCAUUCGAUAAAAAUUAUAGCGUGUCAGUCAUUUCGGUUAACGGAGACAACAGAAAAGACACUGUGGAUACUAAGUUCGUUCCCAUCCCAUCGUGCCUGGAAUAUUACAAUAACUUGACCAUUUGCGCCCCAGCUGGAGUGGAAGGGUUGCAGGCUGAGCACAGACAUCUUUAUGACCAAUUCUAUGACCUUAACGUUGUUUGGGACGAGCCUCACCUAGAACCGGAUAAUUAUACAAUAGAAGUGACCGAAGCGAAUGAUACUCUUCUGGUGACCGACAAUGUUCCUGGCAAUCAAACCGAGAUUUUCUUCCCCAAUGUGAAACUCGGAUCUCAUUACAUUGUGAACAUCAUCGCUGAAUCGUUAGGGGGUGUUAGCGUGCUAACGACGAUCGAAAAGGAUAUCGUCAACGAAUAUGCAAGAGUAAACAAGUCCUAUCGUGAGUUGAUCAUCGGAGUGACUAUGUCGAUCACGAUCGCGAUAUUAGUUGGGAUGAUUUAUCUGCAAUACUACAAACAAAAGAAUAAACACUUUUCGGUGGAGUGCGCGCGUUUUGAGAGCUUUGGCCAGAAAGACCAGCCUAUAGAAACUACCACGAAAUUGCUGCACAAGGAUUACGAGAGUGAAUUCAAUAAUAUUCCGCUGGUACACGAUAAAUUCGAAUUGAGCCCGAAAUUACUGAAACUCAACAACAUUCUCGGGAGCGGAGCUUACGGGAUCGUGAGACUGGGCUCGUUAGAAGACAAAUUCGGAAAUACCACCAAUGUCGCUGUGAAAAUGCUGAAAGAAAAUCCAAGCAUGGAAGACGUACAAAAUUUCCAUAAGGAAAUACUAAUAAUGAAAUUCGCCGGGCAACAUCCGAAUAUCGUGUCCUUAAUUGGUUGUUGCCUUUUGUACAAAAAACCAGUGUUGGUUGUGGAAUAUUGUUGCAAAGGAGAUUUGCAAACCUACUUGAGGAAAAUCUGGCAAAGUAUGGUAUGCGUUGCCUUUAAUUACCGAGCUCGAUUGAAAUGUGGGGAAGAUUCGCUCACUGACAAUGGCACAGAGUAUCGUACGAACAAUUCCGAUGGAAAGCAACAAAAUGAUCAAAAUAUUCGUGGAAUCGCGAAUCGUUUAUAUGACAUCCAACAAGAUGUAGAACAACUUACGGAAACUGUCACUGCAAGCGACUUAUUGAAUUUUGCUAGACAAAUCACGACAGGCAUGGAGUGUCUGUCUUCGAAUCGAAUAAUACAUCGCGAUUUGGCGGCACGUAACAUUUUAGUAUGUGCCGACGGGAUUGUAAAAAUUUCAGACUUCGGCCUCAGCCGUGACGUUUACCAGGAAAAUUUAUAUAGAAAACAGGGAAACGGAAAACUCCCUUUGAAGUGGAUAGCAAUUGAAGCACUAACGCAUCAAGUGUAUACCACGCAAAGUGACGUAUGGUCUUUUGGUAUUUUAUUAUGGGAAAUUGUUACCAUGGGUGCCCAUCCAUAUCCCGGGAUUCCCACUAAUGUGGUUCUGAAGCUUUUAAAAACGGGUUACAGAAUGGAACGGCCGUCCAGUUGCAGCGAAGAACUGUACGAUGUUAUGUUCUGUUGCUGGAAUACAAGACCGCAAAACAGGCCAACGUUCACACAAUUGAAAGAGAGCCUGGACAAAUUACUUUUCCAUCAAUCGGAGAACAAGUACUUGAACAUGGAUGAGAUUUUGUACGACGAUCAAGAUCAGUACCGUAUACUGAAGAAAUAA